CUCCCACAGGCUGCAUUUUUGUGCUCCUCUGAACUAUUCCAGCUGCCACAAUGGUUGUGGAGCUGUUCCUGGACCUGUUCUCCCAGCCCUGCCGGGCUGUCUUCAUCUUUGCCAAGAAAAACAACAUCCCAUUUGAGCUGAAGCAUGUGGACCUCCUGAAAGGAGAGCACAUGACUGAAGAGUUCGACAAGGUAAAUGCUCUAAGGAAAGUGCCAGCAUUGAGGGAUGGAGACUUCACCUUAGCAGAGAGCAAUGCAAUCCUUCUCUACCUGAGCCGAAAAUUCAAGACCCCUGAUCACUGGUACCCUUCUGACCUGCAGAAACGGGCCCGGGUUGAUGAAUAUCUCUCCUGGCAGCAUACUGGCAUAAGGGCAGCAGGAUGCAAGGUUUACCUGAGCAAGGUGCUGUUGCCUCUCCUUACAGGCAAGCCGUUUUGUCCUGAGAAAGUAGAAAGGGCUAUUGAGGAGCUGAAUGUUAUCCUGAAGCAGUUUGAGGAGAAGUUUCUGGAAGACAAGCCUUUCAUUGCAGGUAGCGAGAUCUCCCUGGCUGACCUGGUAGCAGUUGUGGAGAUUAUGCAGCCUGUGGGAGCCGGGUAUGAGAUCUUUAAGCCCAGACCCAAGCUGGCGGAGUGGCAAGGCCGGGUGGAGGAAGCGAUAGGGAAGGAGCUCUUCCAAGAAGCACACAAGCAGAUCCUGAAUGCCAAGAGUCUCGGUGUUGCUGAACUUGUCCCAGAGCUGAGGGAACAAAUGGCAUGCAUGCUGCAGAAGCUAAUUAACUAAAAUGAGAAUGUAACAAAAUGCUAAUCCUGUGUAAGACACUUUUGGAAUGUCUAAGUCCUCUCCAACACCAUUUCCUCUUGGCUAUGUACAC